GGGUCGGCCCGGAGCCAGGUGAGGCGGCGCGAGGAGACGCGGCGCGCGGGGCAGCGCCAGGCACUGGCGUUCGCCGGCUCCUGGCCGUUGGCUGAGCGGGACCUCCGGGCGGGUCGGUGGGCACCAGACUCGCUCAGAGGCCAGGCCUAUCCGGGGACAGCAGGAGAGAUCCGGCAGCCGGUGAGAAGUUAAGAACUCCCACGGAAAGAUGGCUGACAAAGGCAAAAAGGGCAAAGCGGCCGCCCCGGCGCCCGCAGCUGCGCCGCCGGCACCGGCAGCUGCGCCCCCGCCCCCUCCGGCGUCAUCGGACCCCAAACCCCAAGACAAGAAAGACCAGGGGCCCAAGAAAAAGGAAAAGUCAGUGCAGCCCAAGGAUGAAGUGGGCAUGAGGAAGGGGUGUCGCCGCUACAAGUGGGAACUCAAGGACAGCAAUAAAGAGUUUUGGGUUAUGGGGCACGCUGAGGUCAAGAUCCUGAGCUCGCAGGGCUGCCUAAUAGCUGCACUGGUAAUGUUCACGGGGACCACCGUGCACCCUCUCCUGACACUCAUCAUCACCAUGGAGUUGUCCGUCUUCUGCUUCUUCUUCAUUAUCUACACCUUCGCCAUCAACAGAUACAUGCCCUUCAUCCUGUGGCCUAUUUCCGACCUUCUCAAUGACCUGUUCGCCUUCAUCUUCCUUGUGGGGGCUGUAGUCAUAGCUGUGAGAAGCCGACAGACCAUGCCCAUGCACUACUUCAUUGCUGUGAUCCUUAUUGGCGUGGCUGGACUUUUCGCCUUAAUCGAUAUAUGUCUUCAAAGAAAACAUUUCAAAGGCAAGAGAGUCAAAAGGAAUGUGCUGAUUCCCCCUGCAGGAAAGGAGCAAAAGUUAGACAAGCCAAAGGAAGGAGAAAAGCCACCGGAAAAUGUACCAGAAAAGGCAGGAGAAAAGCCCAAGGAUAAAGGAAAGGGAGGCAAGAAAUGAUGGGAAGGAGAGUCUGGCUGUCAGAGCGACAGCGUGUUUUACCACAAAACAUAUGUCCACUGUCCGUCUUGUCUUCUCUCUAGAAUGGUUUUCCUUUCCAUCCUAAUAACCACCUUUCCUUGGAAAAGAAAUUCCUCUUUAAAUGGA